AUGAUUAAGUAUAGGAAGUUAGAUAUGCUGACUGAAGAUGGAAUAAAUAAAUUCCCAGAAAAUAUAACCUUGAAUCAUUUGAAAAUUAGCUUUGAUGCAAAUUUUAAAGAUAAGAAUAAAGAUAAUCAAGAAAAAAAUGGGAGUGAUGAUGUUCAAGAUGACAAAAGUGACGAUGUUCAAGAUGACAAAAGUGAUGAUGAUGAAGAUGACAAUAAUGAAUCAAAUAAAAAGAAUGUAGGAGGUAUCGGAGAAGAAAAUGAGAAUGUUAAAGGAGGAAAGGAACAACAAGGAAAAAAUAAAGAUGAAGGAGGUGAAUAUAUUGAAAUAGCAGAUGAUGAAGGUGUUGAAAAUGAAAAAGGUGGUGAUAAUGAAGAAGAACAAAAUGCUGGAGGGGGAGGUACAGAUGGGAAGAAUCUAGAACAUAUGAAUGCUGAGAAAGGAAAAGGAAUUACUAGUGAAGAACAAAACAAUGUUAGAGAAGAUACGUUAUAA